AUGGCGUGUUUCGGCUGCUGCGGAGGCGUCAACGCCCGCAUGCUGUUCCUCAUGGCCUGCGCCAUGAUCGAGUACAUCGCACAGACCGUGGUGCUGGUGCUGGGGCCCAUGCUGACGCUGCAUUUCUACCCGGAGACGUCUUUCCACCGCCUGGGCUUCUACACAGCCAUCGUGUCCGGCUCGGGCUUCUUGGGCCACGCGCUGAGCUGCGGCUUCUGGAUCAACUUGGCGCGCUCGCUGAAGAGCAGCAAGGGCGUGAUUCUGUGGGGACUGGCCGUGACUGGCGCGGGCUUCUUCAGUCUGCUGCUGUGCAAGAGCUUGGUGGCCAUGUCCCUCGUGCGCUUCGCGACGGGACUCAGCAGCGGCGUGGUGCCCGUGGCGCUCAUUGAGAUCGACAACAUCUGCGGCAACCGACAGACCAAGCUGGCGCUCGUGACCAGGACGCUGGGAGUGGGCAUCGGAGCUAUCUGCACGUUCGCGUUCAUCACGCUCGGCGUCAAACUACCGCGGAGCGCCAACGAGGACCCGGUCGUGAGAGACUCGUCGCUGUACUUCUACCCGUUCUGCUUCGUGUCGAUCCUCGCGUGGAUCGCCGUCAUGGUGAUGCUGGUGGCUCUGCAUCUGCGGAGCCGAACGUCGUACACGCAGCUCGCCGAAGAGGACGACGACUUUUUGAACUUCAUGCCGCAGAUCCAGAUUGACACGCAGUCGUCGCCACGGUCGUCCACGAGUUUGAACACGAGCAGCACGAGCAGCAGUGAAAGCGGAAGCCCCAUGGCCACCACUGUGGCCCACGUCAAGUCGGCGUUCGAGGAAACCUUUAGUCGAACUGCCGUGAGCUUGGGCAUCAAGAAGGCGAUGAACUCGCCGGCAAAGUUGGCGACGAUCAAGCUGUUGGCGACUCCGCAGCCUCACUUCCGACUGAUUCGCGGCAUUCUGCCCCACUACUUCCACGGCUACACUUCAGAUGGACACCUGGUCGUAUGGGAUUUCGUGGGGCGUGUCAAGAUGGACAAGCUCAACGCUGCUGGCUUCACGACUGCGGACCUUCGUAACCACUACCGCUUCUUCUUGGCCUUCGCACAGGAGACGCUGCUGCGCACGCCGACCCAGAAGAUCGUGUAUGUGGUUGACCUGGACGGCCUCUCGCUCCGUGAUGCCGACGCUCGUGCAGUGGACAGUGUCUGUGCUGUAGUGAAAACGCUGCAGCGCGAGCUGCCUGAGCGUCUACAUGCUCUAGCAGUCCUGAAUUCCCCUGUGUGGUUCUCACAAGUUAUGACAAGUAUUCGCCCUCAUCUCGCUAAGCGCACAGCGGACAAGGUGUCGUUCCUGGCGAAGGAGACGGCCACGCAAGAUUUGAUUGCACUUAUCGGCGUUGACAGUCUGCCUCAGCGUUAUGGCGGACGCAACGGCGUUGAGAUCGGCAAGAGUGCUCAAGAGCGCUCACUGGACGACCUGCUCAAGCGAACAACUGCAUCUUUGGAGCGCACACUCGAAAUUGUAGCCACCCCGCGCUCGCGGCACACAGCUGUCAGCCGUUCACGCGCCAGCAGCAUCCGUUCGACCAUGAGCGAUGAAGGUAGUGACGAAGAGGCCUUUUUUGACUGCUCGGAGUAUGGACUGCAGGGUGUCGAGGACCUAGAGGACCAAGAACCUGUAGUGUCCGUGGUGGUUCACUCGCAAUCUACCCCGUCGCCAAAGACGGAGGCUGUGGCCCGUAGCAGUGCUGCCAACUCUGGGACGUACCAGCCGCUCGAGAAGAAGCCUGUAAAGCCGACUCGGCCUUCCCCCAAAGUGGCAGACACGCCGAUGCCUGAGCUGGCGAUCACGCGUGAGCCGCUGGCGUGUCUGGUGCUGCUCGUCUUCUUCUUCUGGUCAAUGGUGCAGCUCAGCUUCGACGAGAUGCUGCCGCUGUGGUUUUUCAAGCAGAACCCGAUCACUCUUGGCGGUAGCGUUCACGCUGAGCCGCCAUCGGCGAGAUCUACGGUGUCGUCUAUCACUCUCACGGUGGCUGGAACGUUUGCCUCGCUGUCCCUUGCUGUUCUCGUGGGUCAGAUCAUGUCGGCUGCUAUCUGCUCUUCUUCGCGGAACGUGAUGACGCCUCUGGCCACGCUGCGCGUUGGUCUGCUGCUCCAAGUCCCCAUUCUAGGCUGCUUCCCGCUCAUCGAUCUGUUCAAGGUGGACGAACUGCCCUUCUCGUGGUUCAUGGUGGUUGGUGUGCUUAUCGUGAAGCAGCUUGUGGCUGGUGUGGCCUCGCACGGUAUCAUGCAGCUGCUGGACAACUCCAUUGCCGUCGAUCGGCGGCUAGCUGUGCAUCGCGCAGCGCAACGUGUUCGGUACGUGGCCCACUUCAUCGCCAGCGCCGCUUCUCCGGCGCUGUUCGCUCUGCUGGGUUACUUCGAGCAGGCGUUCCCGUUCGACCAGAGUCUGCUGUACUUCGUGCAGGCGCUGGGGCUUGUCUUCCUGCUGUUCUUCUCGAUCGCCAUCCCGAGCAGGAUGAACUUCCCGGUGCUCUUCAGUAUGGGUAAGCGGUGAUGCGUGCUUGCGGCCGAAGCAAGAACUUAGUCGUAGACCGCCUUUGAUGAAUGUACUUCUUCCAAAUGAACUAACUAUACCUCGGAGCGAACUCGGUCUCAGUGAUAAGUGUAAGCAUACAUGUUUGGGGGCUUGCAGUGUGCUAGGAUCGAUAUCUACAUCGCUACUCGCUAGCUUGACUCCUAUAGUGGAUCCUCCGCAGGGGGCUCUGCUCUGAUCAUAAAUGGCCAGCCAAAAACGCUCGGCACUAUCGUACCGUACGUAGAACGCUUAGAAAGCGGCGUCCUUGGGCGUGAACGUGGCCAUACCGGUGCGCUGGUACUGGAUGAGGACGCCGAUGAGCACGAUGUUGAGCAGCACGAGCGGGUAGAACUGCAUGUAGAAGAUGACGUCCCAGUCGAAGAUGGCCAGGAAGUACGCCAGGUACACAGCCGUGAUGUGCGCGCUGAUGCCCAGGAACGAGGCCACGCGCACGAGGCCGCCGAACUUCUGGCGGUACGCCUCGUGGUACUCGCUGGUGCAUGAUGCCAGCAGAGCCUGGCGGUCGAGCUCGGCCUGCGACGCAGCGUCCGACGUGAAGGAGGCCUGCACGGUCAGGUAAACCGAGUAGAUGCCCAGCAGGAUAGUGUCCAGCGCGCAGGCCGACUGCUUGCGCGCGGCACGGUACUCGGCGCGCACGCUGGCGACGGUUUCACCGUCGCACUCGGACUGCGGGAGGGCGUUCUCCAUGUACACGUUCUUGAUCUUGUCGUAGAUGAUGGCGUGCAGCCAGAGCGACAUGCCGGCCCA